UGACCCGUCGCUCGCUCAUUUCCUUGCGACCUUUGCCCACAUUCUUCACGUUUUUACCUCCCCGCCCGCUACAAAACGCCUCUCCUCACCACGCCACGCCACGACACAACGAUCUCCCUCUCGGCCUCCUGUGUCGCCCCGUCGGUAUGAACUCCGAGCAGCCGCCGAGCAUGGCGUCGUCGUUGAUGGAGGCGACGGGCGACUCGGAGUCGGACGCGGCGGCGGUGGACCGCGGCAGCUGCCCUGCGGACGAUGGCGACGCCGAGUCGUGCUGCGGGGGUGAUCAGGAUGGAGGCGGCGGGGCGGCGGCGGCUGGCUCCGUGGAGGCUUUGUCGUGGGAGCGCUGGAUGCGGGAGUACUGCGCGGGCUACCAGCUGGUGGUGGCUGCGGACGACGGCAAGUGCGCCGCGCCGGCGACGGAGGAUGAUGUCGCCGCCGCCGGCGGCAGCGACGCCGAGAGUGACAGGCUCUUCUGGGAGGCGUGCAUUGCUCACGGCUUCUAGCAAAGCUAACAUGCCUCAUCGAUCGAUUGAUCGAUCGAAGGAAUGGAAGGCUCCAUUUAAUUGCUCUUCUGUUCUUCAUUUCAUCUUUUUUUACUACACACUUAAUUAUUUCUCAGUUGUACCGAUGAGGGUUUGCUUUCACAAAAGAAAGGAUCCAAAAGAGUUCAUAUAUAUGUUGUGAAGUUAAUUCCAACUCUAGUAUAGCAUCAGUGUUUCAUAUUCUUUUCACGAUCUCUUUUAGAUUUAUUUUAAUGCUUUUGAAGAUAA